CGGUUACGUUUGACGUGCGCACGUGUUUCAGGAACCCGCGCGGGGCACGUCGAUGAGAUAGACGGAAAAACCGAACAUCAUGAAGGCGUCGCCGAAAGACGGAGAAGACCGUCACCACGACGACGACGGCGGCGGCGACCGCUCGGACAACGGCCGCGGCCUGAAACGCCGCCGGUUGCACGCGCACACCAAGACCAUGGUCGGCGGUCAUCAUUACCGGCAUCACCGCAAACACCCGCAGUGCCGCGACGACGACAACGCGUCCAUCUCGUUCGCGGACAUUUACGGCGGCAACAGCACCAGCAGCAGCAGCAGCAGCAGCAGCACCAGCAGCAGUGUCGGCGGCGAGGACGCGAACGACAACGGUACGUCCGCGGCGACACCGGUCGCCGGACACCCGGAACUGCAGCUACCGCAACCGCCGCACCCGGCCGAAGGAGGCGCCGCGUUCUCUUUGCAGGCGCCGCGUCACAACAGAAAGGUCACUGUAGUGAACAAUAACAACUGUAAUUAUGAAGGAGAUUGUAUGUCACUGGCAAUCAGGAAUACAGGACAACAGCCAGCAACCAAUAACGAUAAAAUCACAUUAUCGUUGUCAACACACUCGGAAGAAGAAAAUAACAGCGAAAACAACAAAAUUAUACAUGAACCGAUAAUUUCGUUUAACCUAGCAGAAAAUCCAAUCGAAAGCGCAACAGUUAAUGAAAAACCUCAGCCUGUAGGAAACACUGAUUUCGAUGGUCCUACGAUCACAGCAAAUGAUUGUAUGAACGGUGAGACUAGUAAUGACGAUUGUUUGUCUCAGUCACCUUUAAACCUAACCCGUUCCCAAGGCUCAUCGGAGGAGGGUGGUACUAAAAGCGAAGAAGAUGAAUAUGAUGUUGAAAACGAAGAGAAAAAUGGGUUUAGUAAUGCUAUUAACGAUGACGAAAAUAUUAUCAAUGGUCAUAAUUUACCAACAGAAACUCCUUUUCCUUGGAAUACUACUUUAGGCAAUUAUAAUAAACAAAAGCAACAGCAUCCAGAUGAUAAAAUCACAGCUUCACCUCCUCAACUUUUGUUAACCUCUGGUCAACUAACUACGGGAUGCUUACAAGCAGCUCAAUUGUUAAUACCAACAGCUCGAGGUAUUAUGACCCAAACAAUACUAGCCAUUCCUAUAAAUGAUAUGGUUUCUUCCGCAAUUACGACUCCCACUGUUAAUCAGCAACAACUACAGCAACAGUUAUUAUAUCACUCGUCUAGUAAUGUUCGGCAAAAAAAUAUUCGACAACAGCUCAAUCAAACCUAUCAACCGUCAUUAUCUUUACCACUCAAUCGUUAUUUUCAACAACAAACUACAGUUGAUGACACCACCACUACUACGAGUACUGCAACAGACAAUGCUAACAUUGACAACAAUAACUACGAUCCUUGUAUGCUUAAUAAUGGUACAGUUGGAAUUGAUCAAUAUAAUAAUAAUCAGCGGCGAAAGUGGCAAUCCCCCGACCUUACCAACGUAAGACACAAUUAUUUAUCGCCGCAACAAAAGUUAUUGCAUCGCACUAAAAAUGAAGAAUGUGGCGAAUCGAUGAAUGUACAACGCUCAAACGAAUCUCAUAUGAUUCAAACGCCAGCAGGUGCAAAUGGAGAUGUUCGUAUUUAUUCAACCAACAAUGCUGCAUCAAUUAUUACUGCCGCGACACCCAUGUCUCCUGCACACGGACGAAAUAGCAACGCCAACAACGGAGGUGCAGAUGUAAUUCAACGUCAAACUGUAUGGCCAACAGCAAUUACUGCGAUCGAUCAACAUACGGGUGGUGAUGAAAAUGAUAAUGAAGAAGACACAAAACAAUCACUGCAAAAUCAACCAGCCCACGUUGUCUCGCCUACGCCACUGACGUCUUCCGCGAAUAUUAAUAGUUUAAAGUCGUUAGCACCGCCGUCUUCGCAACUCAACUGCCACAUGAAACAAUCAAAAGAUGAUGAUCCAGCUUCAGCUGCUGCUGCUGCGGCUGCAGCCUAUAAUCAACAGAACGCUAUUUGCACAGCCUUGGCGACGCACAUGCUGUGCGCCUCUCAACUCGCUGCUGCGCAACAACCUAUGUUCGAUGGUAUGGAUAACGGCGGUGGCGUUAAAAAAGCGAAUCACGUGUACAACAACAACAACAACAAUAACGUGAAAACAAACAAUAUGAUGGGCGUGGUGAACCCGGCCGUACUGGAAAAAUGGAUGAUGGAGGAGAGGUAUUACUACAACAACAACAACAACAACGGGAAAAACAUCGGCGGCGGCCACAACCAACAUCACCACCACCACCAGCGGUACAACGUGGCGGCCGCGGCGGCUGUAGAACUGUUGAGCGGAGGCGGCGGCGGCGGCGGCGGCAUUUCUGCAUCGUCAAGCGGCGGCGGCGACAGCUUAGCGUCGUGCAAAAAAAGGAAACGGCGCACCUCGUUCACGCCGCACGCCCUCGAGCUGUUGAACGGUCAUUUCGAGCGCAAUACACAUCCGUCAGGAUCUGAAAUCACUGGGCUGGCACAUAGAUUGGGCUACGAACGUGAAGUGAUACGUAUUUGGUUUUGCAACAAACGUCAAGCGUUGAAAAAUACUGUGCGUACUAUAAAUGGCAGUGGUCCGACCCAUAUGACUAGUACGAAAUCCCAUAAUAAUACAAGUGGUUAUUAAUUAUCACUGAUUUUAAUUGCGUUAAUGAUCCCUACCUAAUUUUUCCGACCAUCACAAGGUCACCAUUUGUUUAUUUUUUAAAACUCUUUUAAUUAAGACAUUUCCGCCGUCAAUAUCUAAUUUUCAUUACUUGAUCAGAAAAUUCAUUGACUAUUAGGGAUAAUUAGUGGUUACUAAAACCAUAUAUACAGUAAUUCAUUUUUAAAAUUAAAAUGUUUAAUUUUCUCAUUUAUUAGUUGUUUUAA